AUGUCAACUUUCCCAAACGAAAUUUUACAAGAAAUCUUUAAUAAUGUUAAUGACAUCAAAACCUUGCUUUCGAUAGUACUGGUAAAUCGUAAUUGGUGUCGUAAUGGUAUAAAGUAUCUUUGGAAACAUCCAUUUCGUAGUGAUGUUGAAUUAAAAAAACACAUCGAGAUCGUUCCUCUUCUUUUAAGAUUCAUCAUGAAAGAUAAGGAAUUUAUUAAAAGAUUUAUAUAUGAAAAUUAUGACAAAAUCAUGAAGGAAAUUGAUGAUGAAAAAGCCGAGCAAGAAAAUGAUGACAAGGACGAAAAUGAAGGACGGGGUAAUGAAAAAAAAAGUAAAGUUAAAAAUAAGCGUGAUGAAGUCAAUCCUUUCAAUUUCUCAAAUGAAAUUACCUCGGAAAAGGGAAACGAGAAGGAAGUUUCUCAGGAUGAAACCGAAAAAGGAUUUGAAUUGGACACAAACUUUCCCUUACCGGGGGUCCCAGAAAUUGAUCAAAUCUUUGGAAUUGUAUUUACCAUCAUAAGAAUUAUAAUAAAAAGAGGAGCUACCAUUGAAGGAAUUAUCCUUCGUUUGGAUGAAACUGAUUUAUUUGGAGAAAAUCCUGAACGAGAAGCGCCAACCUCUAUCUUUCAUAGUUUCUUUGAUGAAACUUUUAUUGAUCAAUUCAUCUCAAGACUUGACAAGCUCUUCAUAAGCUUAUUUGCUUUGACGCAUGAACAUCAAAAGAUGUCAUUUCAUAAAUUGAAACAUGUUGAACUCAGUGGAUGCAUUUAUAAAAAUAAUAUCCUUUCAUGUUUGACAAUACUUUCUAAAAAUGUAAAAGUUCUUCGCAUCGACGAUUUUAAUCUCAAUGAUCUUCAGGUACCAUUGGAGAGAUUUAUUAAAUCACAAAACCAACUUGAACAGAUAAAAAUCAGAGGAGAUAGUUUGGGAUAUAUCAUUGAUAAAUUGAGCAAUAUUUCUGGGGUGAUUUCUAAUUUGGAAACUCAGUCAAAUACAUUGAAGAAACUUAAACUAGUAAAUGCAAAUAUUGGUAAUGAUCUCGGAUUCGAACCAUUAUUGAAAUGCAAGAAGUUGGAAAACUUGUCCUUAGUUCAAGUAAAUUUGAAAUCAAGACAUUUAAGAAUCUUUAAUCGAGCAUCAUUCCCAAAUUUAAAAACUUUGAAAUUGGAUUUUAUUGAUUACUCGGAUGGAACCAUUAGAAUAUCAAAUGGUAUCAACCCUUUUAUUAAAAUUAUGCAUAAUCAAAAUAUGAUGUCCAAUUUGGAUGUACUUAGUAUCAAAUAUGAAGGGGAAAAUAAUCAUAAAUUGUUAAAAGGUAUAUUGGAGAAUUGUAACAAAAACCUUACUAGUUUCAGCGGUUUUAUUAUCGAAAAUCAAGAUAUUCCAUAUUUAUUCUCAAUCAUAAAGAAAUGGGAUAAUCUGAAAAAGUUGUCAUUGACAAGGUCAUGUCGAAUGAUGAAUUUCGGAUUCAGUGUCGAAAUGGCAAAGUUUUUACCUAAAAGCUUGGAAACUCUGGAAUUUAUUCAUAUGGUAUUAUCUGAUAGCUCCUUGGUAGGGUUUUUCGAUAAUUGCAAGGUGGAGUUGAAGAAAUUUCGACUUAAUUUUCAUGGGGAUCAUCAACUGGAUAGGAUGGUUUAUAGGGGGUUAAUCGAAAAGUACAGUAAGGAGAAAAAAAUGGUGAUUAAAGAGUUUGACAUGUCAUCAGAUUCAUCUCCGAAUCUGGAAUUCAACGUUAGGUGGGAAUAA